CUUGCAGAUACUCUUGCUGAUUCUUGACCGGGUCUCGUCCAUUCACGGAGUCAGCAUGGCGAGACGAGACGCGAGCGCUUUCACCGGUUCGAAGAACAGCAAGUUAGAUUCCUUCCUUAAGAGGAAUCUUCCUCAGAGUGUAUACGAGAGAGUUCGAGUACACGAAGCCUGCGUGGUCAUCUCCGAAAGCGUCAAUAAACUCUACAUGUUCGCGGUCCUUACCGAGGACUGCAUCUACUUAACGGAAAACCCGCCGAAAACUGUGCGUGUGGCGGCGCACUUUGGGGACAUCUUUGGGGUCGAACUGGUGAAUGAUGUUCCUGAAUUUCUUAGUGGACGAGACAGAGAGAAUGCGCAGCACAUUCGUGUUAUCUAUAAAACAUCAAGACAUCAGAAGAAGCAAAACAAGAAAACUUCCAGUAAAGGAACUGUUCUACCAUUUGUCCAGGCUACGAGAGGCAAUAUAAAUAUUUCCUCUAAUCAGAUAGCAAAUGAAAAAUUUCCCAAAGGACACUUAUUAAGAACAGGUGCAACACUGAGCAGACGUGCAACCACGUCCAUUUUAAGAACAGAAGCUCAAACACUGGGAGUGAAACAGUCCAGAUCAUUGUCCUGUCCUGCCUCAGACAAUGAAAAUCUCCAUGUCGAUGGCAAAGGUGAUAAACCACGGCCCCUGCCACGGCCUCCUUCAUCAAGCCAAUCUCUAGCAUCAUUUUCUGACUUUACUCCUGAUAAACUGCUGUGUACUGAUAAAAACAGUAUGGGUCUUCCUGCUUCUCUUAUCAAUGAACUGGAUACAGAUGCUGAUGAGAAGAAGGAGGCACAGUUACACUUGUAUGUUGUUUCAGAGUCUUCUCUUUUAUUUCUCCACCUCAAGAACUCCUGGAAUAAUUAUAUCAUUCGCUCAACUCUAAUGCAAGAUCCUCAGUAUUGUAGAAAAUUAAGUUCAGCAGUUGAAUCUACUGGCCAUACACAAAGUGUGUGCAGAUCAGAUCAAAUGACAAAACUAUUCAACCAACUUACAAGUGAACUCUUCCAGGAUGAAAUUUCUCUGGAGAAAAUGUAUAGUCUUCUUCUGGAGCUAAAGAUGGCAGCACAAAAGUACUUUGCCUUAAAGAGGUUGUUCUGGAAGUCCAGUGAUCUGUUUCCAUUCCUAAUCAAGACACUUUGUGAUUACCCACCAAAUCGCUUACAACACAAUAGAGCUGAAGACCAUGACAAAACAGAAGACAAGCUUAUCUUUUGCACACUUAUUUUAGACAUCUUAGCUUUGAUGCUUCAGGAAACAGAAACUGAACCAGCUUGCCUCAGCCUUCUCAUAUCGAAAAGGGGGAGUUUAAUAAACAAUCUUUUAAUGGUUUUAAUUGGAGAAAAUCCAUCUGAAAUUGGGACAGUGGUUCACUCAGGGACUCGAAAAACAAAUUCUCGACUUCUGGACAUGUCUCAAGAUGCAGAGAUGGAGAAUUUAAAACGGGAAUACUUUGAAGCAUCUGUCUCAGUGUUAUAUGAAAUCAUUCUGAUUGCUAAUCAGCAAGGAAGCCUGUCCUCUUAUUCAGGAAAAUUCAUGACAGUUGGAUGCAUCAUAUCAACACUUCAAUCUUUUCCAUCUAUAGUCUCCUUUAUCACAGGUAUAGUGAAGCAGGUGACUUCAGUGCUUUCUCCACCGACUCCCCCUCUCAGCCCUGGCCAGAUGGUGCUCCUUUACCAACAAUGCUACAUCCUCAUCUCCUGCAUCAAGCAUGGCAGCAGCUUGGCCACCUUCAUAAGGACGGAGUACAGAGAGGAGUUUAGGUAUUUUAUUAAGCCUGACUCAGUAGAAGAGAAGUUUUCUCCACUGUAUCCAAUUACUCAACCUGCAUUUCGUCUUAUAUGUCAACUGCUUACCCUUGUGGAGCAGGAGUCCUAACGUCAUUCAGAA